AUGGAAGAGUUUUGCGAAAACAAGCAGGAACCGCUCUUUGUUGACGAAGAACGCGGAACUGUGUUUCGUCAGUAUGAGAACGAAAGCGAUCUUGAGAAAAUUGUGCUAUUGAUUGCUAAGGAUCUAUCAGAACCCUAUUCCCUCUACACAUAUAGGUAUUUUAUAUACAAUUGGCCGGAGCUGUGUCUGUUGUUGGAUUAUCAUAGGGAGGUGAAACGUGGUUACAUCGCGAUGCUUGCGGUGGAGAAGGAGCACCGGAGGAAGAGAAUUGGUUCCACAUUGGUUCAGCUAGCUGUUGAGCUUAUGAUUCAGGAUGGAGCCCAGGAGGUUGUUCUGGAAGCAGAGGUAGAUAACAGGCCAGCUUUGGCCUUGUACGAACAGCUGGGGUUCUCGCGGGAUCGGUAUCUCUUCCGAUACUACCUGACUGGAACGGAUGCUUUUCGCCUAAAGCUUUGGCUUGACAUGCAGCAGUAG